GAGGCAGCCAAAGGCGAGUCGCUAAUGCGUGUGCGUGGGGUGUAUACGCUAGUUACCAUAGUAACCAGAUGCGCUUGGUGCGAGCACUAACACUCUGGCGUCCCCCGGGAUCUCUUGGAGGAGGGCGCCGUCACGGUUAGGGGCCCUUCCAUGGCUUCACAGGAGAGGGUGGACGCAGUGAGCAAUGGAACCGGGUUCCAGCGCUGCGGUAAGCAACUCGCUUACACGCCGGGAACCUGCGAGCUGCUCAGAGUGAUGAUGAAGGAGUCCAGACUGACUAACUUUCAGCAACGACACAUCAUGGACACCGUGAAAAGAGGAGCCCCUCUGCCCCUGCAGUGCGACCCAACAUCCAGCCACAGGGGUUCUCCUUCCAAGAAGCCGGCUACAGCCACCUACCUGCCUCCCAUCCUGGCUACCCACUCCCACCUCCGGCCUGCGAGCAUGUGUCAAGCCAAUGGGGCAUACAGCCGCGAACAAUUCAAGCCUCAGGCCACCAGAGAUCUGGAGAAGGAGAAACGAAGACUUCAAAACAUCUUUGCCAAUGGGAAGGACAUAGAGGAACGGAAAAGGGCUCCUCAUGGGCUGCAAGAGGACCCAGCUCCCGAGCUGGACCGGUUUGAAGAAUUGGUGAAGGAAAUCCAGGACAGGAAAGAAUUCUUGGCUGCCAUGGAGGCUCUUGGACAGGGCAAGCAAUACAGAGGAAUGAUACUGGCUGAAAUCUCCCAGAAACUACAGGAAAUGGAGGAAAUUGACCGCAGUAGGAGUGAGAAGCUUAGGAAGGCUCUUGCCACCACUUAAUCCAAGGGUGGGCCAGCCCAAUGUGACCACCAGAGCAGCAUGACUGACAAGCAAUGUCAUCCCCAGGUCUGCCCACCCACAGGGGCCACCAUGAUGUGGCACUGUCCUGGAGCACAAGACAAGACACUGCCCAGGGAUGCAGAGGCCUCAGUGGUCCCCCUGAGCUACUGUCACAGCCAGUGUUGAAGCCUUCUCUAGGGGAAAGAGCCCCAGACCUACCACGUUGACACCGAGGCUCACCACCUUGGACAUUUGCCUAAGGGCACCCUUUCUCUGGCUCUCCUCCUGCCACAGCUGGCUGCCAGGUGCUCUGUGAACACAAUUCUGCCCUUCCUAUAUCUUAGGAUCUACUUUUUGCCUUCUUAUAGCCUUGGGCAAAUGUUUGACCACAAUGAUUAAUUGGCCAAUAAAACACAUUUAACUUGGUCAUGA